AUUCACAUGCCGGUCACAUACGCUGUUAAAUGUUGGAUAUUGUUGCGUUUUAUUUUAUUUUAUUUUAUUGCUUUUGUAGCAUCUGGCUGCACAUACACUAACGACUCCAGCGCAAAGCUCUGCCUUAUUUUUGCCUGUUUGCUUCUGUUUCACCGUGGAUGCCCUCAGCAGUCACAACAAAAGCGCUUUUCACCGUGGAUGGAUGGAUGGAUGGAUGGAUGGAUGGAUGGGAGGGGGGACAGCGGCCAGAUUAGGACCGUUUCCAGCAUCUCCUCUCGUAAAAACACGCCGCGGACACGCGCGCUUCCGCCAGGUCAGCACGGGCUGUAACACGCGCUCCGAGCACGUGCUUUGAUCCGUGGAACAAGUGUGAGUUUUGGUCUGUUUUCGAGCGAGGCUGCUUUGAGCAGAACAGAAGCGCGGCUUGUUCGAGCAUGCGCAGUCGGCCCACUCCCCUCCCCCCGCUCCUGUAGUUAAGCCAGCGCUACUCCAAAUCUCCCCUCUCUUUAGAAAAACAGAGCCCUAACCCCGCUGCAGCCUCCAAUGUUGCGUUUAAAAACACGUCCCCCAUAUCUCCGUGGAAAGCCGCAGCUGCUGUCAUUUUUAUUUAAAGCAGUCCAGACAGCGUGGCUGUGCUGCUGCUGCUGCUGCGCUUGGUUUGGGGUUUACACAGACCGAGCUGUAAGUAGGUCGGGCUGGGCUUAAGCGGCUUAACUACGUCAGCCUAAGCUGAGAGGAAUUCAUCCAAAGCCUUCCGCUGGUAGGCGGGGGCCUAAAUGAGGCUGGCCUAGUUAAGCCUGAUUCUUAUUGUGUGCAGCACGGCCAGUUUUUAUUGUGCAACGUAGCCGUGAGAGAACCCAGGACCAGAGUGUGAAUCCAUGCACUUCUUAGUCAAAGCCUAACAAGGGCUGAUCUGGAGAAGAGAAGGGAAAUGAGGCAUAAAUGAGUGUUAGGCCAGUGUGUGACCGGGGACCAAGAGAGAGGACGGCAGAGCAGAGUGGGGAGCCACAACUCUGAGAUUGGGAGCAGUUUUAGGCCUGGUUUGGUCCGCCUCAGUCUGCUAUGCCAUAAGAUGGCCUCCAACACUGUGUUCAUGUCCAGCAUGGUGGGUAAAGCGCGCUCUUCCAACUUCACCCUCUCCGAGAAGCUGGACCUGCUGAAGCUGGUCCGUCCUCACAUCCGCAUCCUGGAGGAGCACACCAACAAGCACGCCGUCAUCGUGGACAAGAACAAGUGCUGGGACACGGUGGCGGAGCAGUACAACGCUCUGGGAGGGGACAGACCCCACCGCACCGCCCAGGGCCUCAGAACCCUCUACAAGAGGCUGAAGGAGUCGGCCAAGCAGGAAGUGAUGCAGCGGAGACACGCCCAGCCCGAGUACAGAGGGAGCAUCUCUGAGCCGACCAGGAGGAUUAUGGAGAUGAUCCCUCACUUGUUCCAACACGUGCCCAUCCACGAGAAGGACCAGGCGCUGCGCAGGUUAAUAUACAACAAGCACACGUCCCCCAUUGAGCAUCCUGGCAGCAGCUCCUCUCUGGCUGGACUCCAGGAUUAUGCAGCACCUGUACCAAGCAUCGCGCCCGAGGUGGACAACCUGGACCCCGAAGAGGACGUGAAACCACCGCCAGACCUCCCCGUCGUCACCUCGCACGCCGUUCCAGUGCUGGACGGGUUUCAAGAGCCAGACGGGGAGCAGGACUUGGCCAGCUCCCACAAUUACCAGGCGUCCUUGUCUCCCGCUUCUUCCUCGGUUAACAUCGCCCUCUCUGCCUCGCCGCUGCCCUUGAGCCACGAAUUCUACCCAAACGACAUCUACCCUCGCCACGAGGCGGACAGGUUUCGUCCUCUGCACCUUGCCAAGGAGGAGCACGAUCUGGUGUUGGCCAAUCACAGGAAGGUUUCCCUGUACCUGGAGGAGAAGAGAGAGGGCCUGAAGAGGAAGCAGGAGCUGGAGGAGGAGCUGCUGAGAGCCAAAAUCAAAGUGGAGAAACUAAAAGCUGCCCGACUGAGACACGGACUGCCUAUUCCUCUCUAGCAACAAGCAGCAUGCACAUACUCUGGGUUGCAAAUGUGCUCACAUCCCUGUAGCUUUUUCCCACUUCCAUAAACUUCAGUGUAUUGUACUGUGACUUUAUGUCAUAAAAAGUAGUGCAAAAAUUACAACUGUAUAUUUAUAUUGACUCCGCUUUAUGAAAACAGUCUAUUCAGUUUUUAAUUUUUGUUAGUCUGUAAUCUUGGCUCUGGAGCCAUAAGUGGCUCUUCCACAAUAACUUUGACUAAAAAUUACAAAGAACCAGACAGUUAAUAUUUUUAAAUGCAGAUUUGAUAUCAAAUGCAGGUUUUUAGCCUUUUUUCAAAAACAAUUUCUGCAAUAUUUGCACUAAAUUUUCACAAAGACAAAAAGUGCUGUAAAGAACUUUGACCUGCCUUGUUCCUGAACUGUGCUAUAAAAUGACCUUCAUUGAUAAAAAUACCAGUAAUAUGUUUUUAUAUCUGUUUUCUUAACAUUAGUUUAGAAUGUGUGAUUUAAAGAAAAUCAAUCCUGUUUUAUGUUUAAGUUAUUAUUAAAUCCUAAAAAUGUAAAUAAUACCCUGGUUCUGUAAUUUGACAAGAAAUUUCGUAAAGUAGAUAUUUGUCUAAAAAGUUCAAAAUGACUACAAACGAGUUUUAAUUGGAUGUCCUGACGCCAAAAUGGCUCUUUAGGCUGUAAAGUUUGCAGACUUUGAUCUGUCCCUUAAAAUCACAAUAAAAUACACUGAAGCUCGAGGAUGUGACGUCACUAAAUAUGGAAAAGUUUCCCGGUUCUGACUAUUUUUGCAAGACUCUGCGAGUGUGUGUGUAUGUGUGUUUGCGUGCGUGCGUUUGUGUGUGAUGGUGGAUGUGACACAAGUGCUUCUGAUGAAUCGAUUCAUGCUUGACGGCAUUUUUAGGAUCUGAAUUACUUUUGGAAACGUAGUGCCUCAUCCGUACCGACCGCAUGUGAUUAUCCUCCUGUUUUUAGGGGAUACGCUGCAGUCGGUUACCGUUUAUGCUGAUCGGUGUUGAACGUUGUCUUCAUUAUUCAUAGAAGUGGCGACAAGACACUGUGAUUGUGCGAAGUGAAAAACAAUUUCUUCAUCUGCAACUGGGUGGUAGCUGUGGGUUUGUCAGGAUAGCGUUAAUAUUCUUUAUUAACCAAGAUUAUUAGGAUUGCUGUUGCAAUGUAAGUGUAAGUAGUUGGACAGUUUGGACAAAUCUUGUCAGUCUGAAAUGGACCCCCCUCCCCUUUCUGUGGCAUUUGAGGUAUUAAGAAGUAAUAAACAUUAAAGGCGAUUAUUUUUUAGGUUCUUGGAAAACUGGACGAUGUUUUUAUAUAUCAGCUUAAAAAAAAUAGGUCACCAUAAAAGAACAUGUCUAAAAAUGUUUCUAAAUCACAAUUGUGAUACAAAAACAUUUUGAAAAGCCUUAUGAUCUGAUGAAGUGAUGCGAGGUAAAAAUAUGCGACGGUCGGGGAAUCUCUGGCUGAGUUGAUGGCCCGCUUAUUUAUGAAGGAAGAAGAGGGAUUUUUUAUAUCUAUGUUCCUAUUCAAUGUGAAUUUGUUGCUGGUUGUUCUGUUAUGUUUGUUUACCAGUUUGUCCUCAUGUUCAUUGGUUUCUAUUAAAGCGCAUUGAUUA